AUGAACUCUCUGUCGUCUCUGGGCUUUGGACACGCCCUUCUCCCCCCAUGUUUCCAUGGUUGCCAUGGCUGCCACGGCCACAUACCCCACAUGUCUACGUCCAUGUUUGAUUCAGAGCCAGCGUUUGUGCGCCGAAGAAAUGAGCGUGAGCGAGAGCGUGUGAGACACGUGAACCAGGGCUACGCCCGGCUACGGCAAGUCCUGCCCCCGAGUCUGGACCCGAGUUUGGACUCGAGUCCAGACCAGAGUCUGGACCAGCGUCUGGACCCGAGUCUUUCCAGAGAACGAAGACUUGGGGACCUGUCUUCCCUGCACAAAAUGAGAAAACGUGAGAGCAGAGACCUGAGACCCAGUUCUAAACCCCGUCCUAAACCCAGUCCAGAGCCUCAACCCAGACCCGGACCAAGACUCAGCAAAGUCCAGACGCUGAGAGCUGCCAUCCAGUACAUCUCUGCCCUGCAGCAGCUACUGCAUCAUCAGGGGGAGCCAGCGAGUGCAGCGUCCAGACCACAGAGCUGA